UAAGAAAUGUGUUUGUAAACAGCACACUGGUGAGGUGAUUGGCGGAAUGCAGUCGAAACGGAAAAUUUCCGACAUAUUUGACGAUCAUUUUGCGGUAAUUUGGCGAACGAUUAAAAAUUUUGAUAAUCAGUAUCCUAGGUAAACAAGCUGUAAAAUAUUUUCAUUUUAUUUCUUAUUAAUUUGUUUGUACGUAUUAUGGAAUCAUGACUACUGAAAAACCAUGCUGAAGGACAUGAAAUAUCAAAUAAAGCGAAAGCUAUUUCUGUCAGAUAAUAACCAGCCACAACCAGGAAAGCCAACAAAUACCCAAGAUGGUGAAAAGGAAGAAGUGGAACGAAAAAGGUUGCCAAGUAUUCCCACUCCAGAUCUUGAUGAGUACAUGAAUAGAUCUGUGGCAAAACAGAAAGCCAAUGUGACAUCGUCAGAAGUGUUGAAAUCAUAUGGACCUUAUUUCAUGGAAUACACUCUCCUUGCUGAAUAUAACCUUUUACAAAAUCAGCUGAUUCCUGGUUUGUAUGUACUUCCUGCGGCGAAGACACCAUUAAUUUGGUAUGGUGUACUAUUUAUCCACCAUGGCAUUUACGAAGAUGGUGUUUUUAAAUUUAUAAUGACUAUACCUGAAACAUUUCCUGAUGGUGAAUGUCCUUUGGUGAAGUUUGUUCCUCCUGUUUAUCAUCCUUUGAUCAACAUUGAAAGUGGCGAGGUGGAUGUAAAGCAAGCCUUUCCUUCUUGGAGAAGAACUGUAAAUCAUUUGUGGCAAGUUUUGUUAUUUGUCAGAAGGUUAUUUUAUCGAAUUGAAAUCUCUGAUGCAGUGAAUGAAGAGGCAGCUGAACUAUACAACAAUGAUAAUGAAUCAUAUAGAAAAAAAGUUUCCGAAAAUAUACGCUUAUGUUCUGAACAACUCAGUGAAAAUAUUGACGAUGAUCCUCAUUCAAUAAGAUUUACUGAAUGGGAUUUCAGUAAACACGGAAACGUAAAAAAUUCAAUGAUUAAUUUUGUGGAAAAAAAAUCGUCUACAAUGUCAAGAAAUGCUCAACUAUCAGGAUUGUCAUGGGUUGAAAAAGGAUCAGUUAAAAUUUUUAGUAAACAUGAUGAAACUUAAAUUUAACAUUAGAUAUUUCGAGAUACCAUUCUACAUUGGUUUUUUUUUAAUCAUUCCAUAUCUUUGUAAUAUAUUAUGUUUAAAAGCAUUGUAAAAAGGAUUCUAGGUCUUGUUAUUAAGAGUGUGAUACUUUAA